CACUUGUGAGUUGUGACUUCCCACAUCACCCACCAACCCCAUCCCACUAAGAUCCCAACCAACACAGCUGAGCGGCUGGCGGGAAUGGCGGCAAUGGCUCUCCGAAGGCUCUCCUCUCUUCGUCCUGUCUCCACCUCCUAUUCGCUUCGUUAUAUGUCUUCAUUCGCGAAUCAAGCUGUUAGCCAGAAGGACAGUUCCAGAAUUACUUGGACGAGACAAUUGAAUGCGCCGCUGGAAGAGGUAGAUCCGGAGAUUGCUGACAUCAUAGAGCUUGAGAAGGCAAGGCAAUGGAAGGGACUGGAACUCAUACCGUCGGAAAAUUUCACAUCAUUGUCGGUGAUGGAAGCGGUUGGAUCAGUUAUGACUAAUAAAUACAGUGAAGGUUACCCUGGCGCGAGAUACUAUGGAGGAAAUGAGUACAUUGACAUGGCAGAGUCAUUGUGUCAGAAGCGUGCCUUAGAGACUUUCAAAUUGGAUCCUGAAAAAUGGGGAGUGAAUGUACAGUCACUUUCUGGAUCCCCUGCCAAUUUUCAAGUGUAUACCGCGCUGCUGAAACCUCAUGAAAGGAUCAUGGCACUUGAUCUUCCUCACGGUGGUCAUCUUUCACAUGGUUAUCAGACUGAUACAAAAAAGAUCAGUGCGGUGUCUAUAUUUUUUGAGACAAUGCCUUACAGACUGGACGAAAGCACUGGCUAUAUUGACUAUGAUCAGCUGGAAAAGAGUGCAGUGCUCUUCAGGCCAAAAUUGAUUGUUGCUGGUGCAAGUGCUUAUGCUCGCCUAUAUGAUUAUGCACGGAUUCGCAAGGUAUGCGACAAGCAAAAAGCCAUCUUGUUAGCAGACAUGGCACACAUUAGUGGGUUGGUUGCUGCUGGUGUCAUCCCAUCACCAUUUGAGCAUGCAGAUGUUGUUACAACCACCACACACAAAUCACUACGUGGGCCACGUGGAGCAAUGAUCUUUUUCAGGAAGGGAGUAAAAGAGAUCAAUAAACAAGGAAAAGAAGUUAUGUAUGACUACGAAGACAAAAUUAAUCAAGCUGUGUUUCCUGGACUUCAAGGUGGACCCCACAAUCACACAAUAACUGCCUUGGCAGUCGCACUAAAACAGGCUAUGACACCAGAAUACAAAGCAUACCAAGAGCAAGUCCUCAGUAAUUGCUCAAAGUUCGCAGAGACUUUGUUAGAGAAAGGCUAUGACCUUGUAUCUGGAGGAACAGAGAACCAUCUCGUCUUAGUGAAUUUAAGAGACAAGGGUAUUGAUGGAUCUAGAGUUGAAAAAGUUUUGGAGGCCGUUCAUAUAGCAGCAAAUAAAAAUACCGUUCCUGGGGAUGUGUCUGCCAUGGUUCCUGGAGGCAUUCGUAUGGGAACCCCUGCUCUCACAUCAAGAGGAUUCGUGGAAGAAGAUUUUGUGAAAGUUGCAGAGUUUUUUGAUGCAGCUGUAAAGUUGGCCCUAAGGAUAAAGGCUGACACAAAUGGAACAAAAUUGAAGGACUUCGUUACUGCUAUGAAGUCAGACGCCCAUCAAUCUGCAAUGUCAAGGUUGCGCAUUGAGGUAGAGGAAUACGCAAAACAAUUUCCCACUAUUGGUUUUGAAAAAGAGACAAUGAAGUACAAGGAUUAAGGCCUAGCCUCGUACUCCACGAGGUGUACUUGGCGUUGAUACACCAGAGAAAAGUGGUUCGAAUAGAACACACGAAGUUAUCCAAACGGUGUCAUCAUUUCAAUUUCCAUUUUACUGCUCAAGUUGUAAAUUAAAUACUAUCGAUUAAAACCAAGCAUCACUUACUUUAUUUA